CCGUCGCCGUCAGCACUGUGCGUCUCGGGCUAGUGCUGUUGCCAGACGAGCCCUCCUGGGCCCUGGCCCCACGGGCCCCUCCGAUGCCCACAACACCCUGGGCAGGUCUGGCUCCCAUGGCAUGGUCUGUGGCCCUGCCCACUGACCCAGCCAGGGUGUGCUGAGCCCCAGGGAGGAUGGGGUGACUCUCCAGGGCGGCAGUGUCUGCAGCAAAGGGAGUCUGGGUGCCCACCGCUGCCCCCCUGCAGCUGCCAGCCCUGCCCUGCCCUCAUGGGGCUGACCUGGAAGAAGCGGGUCCUAACGGCCCUGCUAGGGGCCGCAGCGGCCUCAGGCCUCACCACGCUCAUUCUCCUCCUGGUGGAGGCCACCAGUGUCCUCCUGCCUGCAGACACCAAGUUUGGGAUCGUGUUUGACGCCGGGUCUUCCCACACGUCCCUCUUUGUGUACCGGUGGCCAGCAGACAAGGAAAAUAACACAGGUGUGGUCAGCCAGGCCCUGGCCUGCCAGGUGAAAGGGCCUGGAAUCUCCUCCUAUGCCUCCAAUCCUGCACAGGCUGGUGAGAGCCUGCAGGGCUGCCUGGAGGAGGCACUGGCCCUGGUCCCGGAGGCACGACAUCAGGAAACGCCCAUGUUCCUGGGGGCCACGGCUGGCAUGAGGCUGCUCAGCCAGAAGAACAGCUCUCAGGCAGGAGACAUCUUUGCGGCAGUCAGCCGGGUCCUGGGCCAGGCCCCCCUGGACUUUUGGGGUGCUGAGCUCCUGGCUGGGCAGGCUGAAGGUGCCUUAGGUUGGAUUACCAUCAACUACGUCCUGGGCAUGCUGAUCAAGUACUCCUUCUCUGGAGAAUGGAUCCGGCCUCCGGAGGGGACCCUGGUGGGUGCCCUGGACAUGGGUGGAGCCUCCACCCAGAUCACCUUUGUGCCUGGAGGCCCCAUACUGGACAAGAGCACUCAGGCCACCUUCCGCCUCUACGGCUCUGAGCACAGGGUCUACACCCACAGCUACCUCUGUUUCGGGCGUGACCAGAUGCUGACCAGACUCCUGGCUCGGCUGGUGGAGAGCAGCCCCGGGCCCCUGGUCCGCCACCCAUGCUACCACAGUGGCUACUGGGCCACGCUGUCCCCGGCCACCCUGUAUGAGUCACCCUGUGUCCACACCACACCCCCUCCAGACCUGGCCUGGCACCUCACGGUGGAAGGAACAGGGAACCCUGGGGCCUGCGUCUCCGCCAUCCGGGGCCUCUUCAACUUCUCCAGCUGCGAGGGCCGAGAACACUGUGCCUUCGAUGGGGUCUACCAGCCCCCCGUGCGGGGCCGGUUCUAUGCCUUCUCCAACUUCUACUACACCUUCCACUUCCUGAACCUCACCUCCAAGCAGCCGCUGACCACCGUCAACGCCACUGUCUGGGAGUUCUGCCGGAGACCCUGGAAGCAGGUGGAGGCGAGCUCGCCAGGGCAGGACCGCUGGCUGCGGGACCACUGUGCUUCGGGCCUGUAUAUACUCACACUGCUGCUCGAGGGCUACGGGUUCAGGGAGGAGACCUGGCCCGACAUCGAGUUUCACAAGCAGGCCGGUGGCACCGAUAUUGGCUGGACGCUGGGCUACAUGCUGAACCUGACCGGCGUGAUCCCGGCCGAGGUGCCCGCCCGAUGGCGGGCGGAGAGCUACGGCAUCUGGGAGGCUGGAGUCGUCUUUGCGGUGCUGACUCUCCUGGCUACUCUUGGGGCUGUGGCAGUCCACCUCCUAUGGCCCCAGGGCUAAGCUGGGCUGCCCCAGGCUGGACGGCUGCUCCGGCCAGAGCCUUCCUGAGCUCCUGAGCCCUGUCGGGGCUCCCUGUCCUGAGGGCUCUGGCCCCGUGGGCAGAUGGCCCCACUCGGCCCUCGGGGUGGCUCUCCCCAUCCCGGCCCCCCUGGGUCCCCUUCUCCACCAGGCUUCCCAGGGGGGCGGGUGACUUGGGC